AUGGACGUUUUUUACUAUAAUUCGAUAGUUAUUGGCUCGAUAUUUUUGGGGUGUUUGUUGGUGUGGUUGUUUUUACCAAGAUUUUUCUCGAAAGGAUGCUCCAGUAAAAUUUGUUUAGUGGGAAAAACGGCCCUAAUCACAGGAGGCAGUUUAGGGAUAGGAUAUGAAAUCGUUUUGGGGUUAGCGCAGCGAGGAUGUAGAGUGAUUAUAGCCGAUAAAGUGAUAAAUAAGGAUAUCAAAAAUAAAAUUAUCUUGGAAACUAACAAUCCGGAAAUUUAUAUGGAAUACGUAGAUUUGGGAUCAUUCAAAUCAGUGCGUUCGCUGGCUGAAAAAUUGAAAACAUCAGAGAAAAAACUAGACAUUCUAAUCCACAACGCCGCCAUCGGCUCCUGCGGCGGGGCCCUAUCGGAGGACGACAUCAACCUAACGAUGCAAGUGAACUACUACAGCCCGUUCCUGCUCACGCAUCUCCUCGUCGACCUGCUGAAGAACUCCCCGUCGGCGCGGCUCCUGUUCUGCGGCUCGCCGGUGGUCUGGUUCUCGCGCCGGUUCUUCGCCUUCAGCCGGGCCGUGUGGAACACCUUCGCCGACUACUGGGUGUCGAAGACCUUCCUGAUCGUCGUCUCCGAUCUGUUCGCGGAGAGGCUCAAACACCACGGCGUAACCUCCAAUUGCUUCCAUCCCGGGGCCGUUAACACCAGAUUGCACCAUCAAUUUCUCGGUCACAGACUGGGCACGUUCUUGCACGGUAUUCUCGGCCCUCUGGUGUUCAAGUCUCCUGAAGAGGGUGCCCAGACCGCUAUAUAUUUGGCUUGCUCUAACGAGGUUAAAAAUGUGACAGGGGAGUUUUUCUGCGAUAUGAAGCCGACUAAAAAGGUGAAGGAGGUGGAAAAUAAGCGAUUCUGCGAGUCGCUUUGGGAGGUGUCCGAGGAAGUGGUGAAGUUAAAGAAAAAUGAGUUGUUAUAG